AUGGCGGAGCACAACGAAGAGCCACAUGUAUUGCCGUCCAAGCGAAAACAAGCUGCCCAAGACGCAGAUGCCGAGGCUACAAAGAAGCGCCAAGUAGAAAGUUGUACCGAUGAAGACGCCUCCGCUGUUGUCGAAGAGAUAACUGUCAACCAACGUCCCAGUGGGGGCGUUGAAAUUGAUCGGAAGGGGAAAGCGAUAAUGGAAUAUGACAUAGGUAAAGGGACACUACUGAAUGUGGACAUGGAUAAAAAGAUAGUGAUUGUUAAGGUGGGUGAAGGGCUAUUGGAAGCUGAUAUGGAUGAGGGAAUAGUGAAGAUAGGGAUUGGUAAAGGGAGUAUGAAGUUCAAUGUGGGUGAAGGAAAGCCGAUUGAAGACAAGCUGACUGAAGGAGUCGAGUCGUUCUAUGAGGAGUCUGACGAAGAUGAUGAAUCUAUUAUUCGCUCCACCUAUCCGCCCGUCAAAGCUAAAUGCUAA